AUGUAUUCAAGAACGCUCUCAGUAAUUGCCUUAUUGGCAGUCUCAGCCAGUUGUUUGGAUCUCUGUGAUUAUUACGGUAAAAUCGGAAGACUUCACGAACAUCCUGAAUGCAUGCCUCGCGGACGCCCUGAAGAGGAGAUCGACUUUCUCCCAGAAAUUACUACAACCGAAGCUCCCCGUAUUGGCUUCUGUUCAAGCUCUGCUGCUCUCAUUCAAUGUACAGCUGACAGCAUCACUUGCCCACUUUCUGGACAAAUCUGUAUUCAGUCCGAUGGAGAAAAGUGUUGCCAGAUCGUAACUGCAGGAAUCCCUGCUUCUGAAAUCAACUCUAAGGCUGGACAAUGCCCAAGACCACUCGGAAUUUCUGUUCUCCAGGACAACACUGUUGGUUGCUGGAUGGACUCAAACUGCCCAGGAAUCCAGAAGUGCUGUGUCGAACCAAAUCCAGUCACCAACUCUGCCACCAGAAUUUGCCGUGACCCUGUCGGAAUAUCAAACAUGUUGGCAGGCACCUCCAUCUGCAACUUGGCUUUGGCUGUUGGAAGCUGUACAGCUCCUGGUGUUCGAUACUACUAUGACUCCUCCUCUGCAAGAUGUAAUCAGUUCAUGUACUCCGGAUGUGGAGGAAACGCCAACAACUUCCAAUCGUUGGCAAGCUGUCAAGCUACAUGUGGUAACAGCGGAAUUAAAAAGACACCUCAAUGCCCACCUGAUGCAAACUCUGGACUUAACUGUCUCUUCGCUCACGCCGAUGCUUGCAACACUGACAGUGACUGUUUAGGUCGUGAAAACACUGUCCAACCAUCAUGCUGCAUGACAAGCUGCGGCUACAAAAUCUGUUAUCAAUACUAA